AAUUCAUGAUGUCGCUGCCGCGUUCAAAAAAAUCAUGUCGCCAUCGACAAAGCGUUUAGAUAAUGAAUGAAGAUAACAAAGUGGAAGCUGUAGCCCGUAGCUCGUCGUUUUCAAUGUGUUCAGAACUUAAUAUUGAAUCAUGGACUUCGACGAUACCUUUGAUUUAAUAAUAAUAAUAUUAUUACUAAAUGAGGCCCGUAAAUGCCUUGACGUAAUAUUGAGUAGUCGAACUUCUCAUGAUCAGGAAGUGUACACAAGGCCGAAAAGAAUAGUUAACUUUACCAGAAAUGUUAAAAGUGCUGAAAGGGAUGUCGAAAGGGAUAUUGCUGUGUUUAAUCAGUAUUUUGAUAAAAUAUGUAAUAAAGAUGAAGAAGUGUUCAAUGAUAUGGUGAAUAUGUCAAAAGAAGUCUUUGAUCUACUCUUUAACUUAGUCAAACAGGACUUAACUAAGCAUUCGAAUCGUCCAUCUAUUACACCAAAAUGUAGAUUAUUUGUAACCCUUGUAUACCUGGCAAAUGGAGGCUCCAGAAGAAUGCUGGCGUCUGCUUUCGAAUUGGGACUGUCCACGGUGCAAAAGAUUGUGAUCGAAACAUGUCAGGUUGUUUGGAGCUCAUUAUCUCUUACAUAUCUGCCCAUUGAGCAGGCUCCAGACUGGAUUGCGCUGUCACAGCAGUUUGAAUCGAAAUGGAAUUUGCCCAACUGCUUGGGAGCAAUAGACAUAAAAACCAUUAUAUUAAAAUGCCCUAACAAAGAUAUUCCAAAUUUGUACGACAAAAAGGGAAAAUAUUCUAUUGCAAUGCUUGGUGCUUGUGAUGCCAAUUAUACCUUCACUGGUGUAGAUGUUGCGGUGUUUGGGUACAAAGAAGAUAAUGUAGUUUGGAAUACCGGGUUUGCAGAAAAACUAUUUGCAGGCAGAUUAAACUUGCCGGAAGAUAACAUUCUUCCAAAUAGCAACAUAGAAUUUCCGUAUUAUUUCGUGGGCGACACAUUAAGUCCCCUAAAAAAUCACAUAAUGAGAAUAUAUCCAGGAAAAUCUUUGUCACAAUGUCGUGAAGCUUUCAACUCGCGAUUGGAACGAGCACGCCAAGUAAUAGAGAAUAGCCUUGGACUUUUGGGCGCUCGAUGGAAAAUUUUAACAAAUCCUUUAACAUUGUCGCCACAAAAUAUGAUACACGUUUUUAAAGCUACCGUGCUUCUUCAUAACUUCGCACGCACGCAUGAUAACAGCUAUUGCCCUCUUGGGUAUGUGGAUCGUUACGAAGGUGAUAAUGUUAUUCCAGGUGGUUGGCGUGACGAAAUCACUCCUUUACAAAAAUCAAGGAAGUUGUGCUCAAACAACGCGACGCAGCAAGCUUUUAAACUGCGGGAUAUACUAUGUGAAUAUCUGGAAAAAAAUCCAGUUGCUUAACAUAUAAUUACUUUUAUUUCCUGAAUAUAGACGGAUAUUUUUAAAUUCA